GCUGAACUUGAUUUUCAAGGCUGAGUUCAUCCACUUAGCCACGGAAAGCAGUCUCUGGGAAGCAGCGCAGAGGAAUUCUGUCACCUGGACACUGUGAGUAGAAAUUCUGCUAUUCUGUUUCACUGUACAGCUAAAGGAGAACUGGAAAUCUGUGUUCAUCUUCCUUAAAAGCUGCUUACAUUUAAAAGUAUCUUGAUAUUAAAAACUGGUUUAAAAUGUGUAAUUUCCUAGAAGUAGAAAUCCUACUUAAGUCUUGUUUAAAAGUACGUAACAAAAAUUGCAUGGUCAGUAGUUUAUAUGGAAUUUUGACAGCUCAGUAUUUGUUUUUUACAAAUGUGUUUCUUUGAUUUCUUGUAGCCAUCUGCUUAAAAGACAGAGAAAACUCUCAGAAACAUGAUUUGCUUGCAGUUCCUAUCUCUUCUUACCUAUGGACUUACAGUGCUGCAGGGAGUGAAUGGCUGGACAUACCAUUAUUCAGACACAAACAUGACCUACAGUGAAGCAGAGCUGUGGUGCAGAAAGAAGUACACUAACCUGGUUGCCAUCCAGAACAAGGAGGAAAUCAAGCAUCUCAAUGCCUUUUUACCCUACAAUCCUGGCUACUACUGGAUUGGAAUCAGAAAAAUUAAUGAUGUGUGGACCUGGACUGGAACUAACAAACAACUGACAGAAGAAGCAAGAAACUGGGCUUCAGGGGAGCCAAAUGGUAAAGGGAACAACGAGGACUGCGUUGAGAUCUACAUCAAAAGAGGGAAGGAUGAUGGCAAAUGGAAUGAUGAGCAGUGUGAGAAAAAGAAGGUGGCCUUGUGCUACACAGCUUCUUGCAACCCAUCUCUCUGCAGUGGCCAUGGAGAAUGCAUAGAGACCAUCAACAACCACACCUGCCAUUGCAACCCUGGGUUCUUUGGGCCUGAAUGCGAGUUUGUUAAGACUUGUGAUCCACUGAAGAAACCUGAUCAUGGGAGCCUUGAGUGCCACCAUCCAUUGGGGGACUUCAGCUACAACUCAUCCUGCACAGUUCAGUGUGAGGAGGGCUAUGAGCUGACUGCACUGGAAUCUGUUCAGUGUACCUCUUCUGGGGCUUGGUCUGCCCCCCUUGCAGCAUGCAAAGCUGUGACCUGUCCUGCCUUGGAAAUGCCUGCCCAUGGGGCUGUGAACUGCUCCCAUCCCUCUGUACAGCUCACCUGGGGAACCACCUGUGAGUUCACCUGUGAGGAAGGAUUCACCCUGACAGGACCAGCUACACUGCAGUGUGGCUCUUCUGGGGGAUAUGUCCUGGAGGGCUCAUCCAGCACUGUGUGCCUGCCACAGGGACAGUGGUCAGAGCCAGCGCCCAAAUGCAAAGUCAUACAGUGUGAACCACUGAGCUCUCCUGAGAAAGGCUCCAUGGAUUGCUCCCACGGGGCUGGGAUCUUCACCUACAACACCUCCUGCCACUUCAGCUGCCCUGAAGGAUGGAGUCUCAAUGGCUCUCGUGUUCUUGAGUGCAGCCAUUCAGGAAACUGGAGUGCCAGCCUGCCCACUUGUGAAGCCUCUGACCAAGCCACCUACAUCUCAGUGGGCAUAGCAGCCACUUCUGCCUCUCUGCUGUCCACAGCAUCAUUCCUCCUUUGGCUUGCAAGGCGCUUCCGGAGAAAAGGUGAGCACUUGCUCUGGCUCCACUGCUUUAUUUAUCUCUCUGAAAAAUUUUCAGUGGAGGGAAAAACCCCCCAAACCUCCAGAGCUCUAUACCUUGCUUGUUGAAAAAGUGGGAAUUCCCAUAGUUAGAUAAAUUCCAAAAUUAUUUUCAAGAACCCUCCAUGUAUGCUACAUUUGGCUUUU